AUGGAAGGUGCUGAUCCACCACAUAGGAUUUUGGAUCGAACGGGCUUGAUGGCGUCGGAGCUGACGCUGACGCUGACCAGCGAUGGUGAUUCAAGCCGUUUUGAUGAACAGGAAGAGACGUCGAAUCUGGGGGAAUCUCAGGCGAGAGAAUCAACGCCUACUGAAUGGACAGAUGAGAAGCAUAGUUUGUAUCUCAAAUCUAUGGAAGCUUCGUUUGUUGACCAGUUGUACAGUUCUUUUGGUUUACUUCGUUGGAGCCCGCAAAGAAACAGCUCAUUGGAUCCCCAAUCCUCCAGGCAAAUGCAUGCCAGUAACUGUGUCCCUUCUGGCCAGUAUAAGGUUCUUCAAGAUGGCUGUUGGGCAAAGAUCAAUUUCAGAAGAGAUGAAUCUCAGUUAAACAAGGCAGAUGGGCCUGGUGUUCUUUUAGCGAAUCCAUGGAUUCGGCAUUUUAGGUCUGGAUGCAGACCCAUGGUUAAAACAUCUGCUUCCCGAAAAAAACCUGCAUUAGCUACUGCUUCAAAUCGGUUUCCUGGGUCUCAAUCUCAUUUAUGUGGCCAUGAUUCAAUUGGAAGCAGUGCAGAGGUGUCAGAUCAAAACUUCGUCAAUGCUGAUGCUGAGAAAGAGAACUCAAGUGUGAUGUCCAUCGCCAAAAGGAUGAAAGCUACAGUAGUUGCUUCUUCGAGCAAUGAUCAAGUUGUUCCUUUGGUAAGUUUCCUGAAUCAGAGGAUGUUGGGGGGAAUUGUGUUUCCCCAAAAAAGUAGUGCCUUCUUGUUGUGGUGA